CCGCCGCCGGAGAAGAACGACAGAAAAUGGCGAGUCAGUGUAAAAGGCAGCAAUGCUCCAUCGACAGGCGCGGCUUUCGGCAAGAACUUGAUUCAUGGCGGCACAAACUCAUCCACUGUGUAGGUUUUGAGAGUAUUCUCGAGGGUCUGUUUGGCACAGAGCUGGUAGAAGACCUACAAUUAUUUAAGGAUUUAGAGCCUGUAGCAGUGUCCGAUUGGUCAUUUGAUGAGAAUUGUUUAUUUUGCUGUUUUAGAAGAGAUAAAGUUAAGGAACAUUUGAUUAGCUUAAGUAGCGAAGACAGUCUACAAGAUCCACUCAAACCUCUCGUGGUGAAAGAUCAGACCACCAUCAGCAAAUUAGAGAAGCAAGCAGAGGAAUUUCUCAAUGCAGUUCUCUGUAAUAAAGAUGUGCCAAGUUUCACCGACCCACACAUCCCAGUAGUGGCACGAGAGAUCCUCCAGAAAAUGAUCCGACAGUUUGCUACCGAAUAUACCUCAAAAACCAGCUCUCCUCAGGAUAGUGGCUCGGCCCCCAAACCAAGCUCUGACCAAAGCCGGCAGACCCCAUCCGUGGCUUCUGAGGCUCAACCUGGCAGCCCCGGCCCCACAGUGGCGGGGCCCGCACACAGCCACAAUCCCGUCCUCAGCAAACUCCUCAUGGCCGACCAAGAAGCCCCCCUUGACCUCACCAUCAAAAAGACUCCGUCGGAGCCCAGUGAACAAGAUGGAGUACUUGACUUGUCCAUCAAAAAGAGUCGCCACAGCCUGCCGCUCCCCAGUCCACGCCUCUCUCCCAAGGUGUACACAAUCAAAGGGCGAUCCUUGAGCGCGGACCGACAGGAUGGGAGGAGGAGGGAGAAUAUCGGCCACUCCGCCCGUUAUAAGCCCUCCUCGUCUCUCGCAUACUCCCUUCACAUCAAAGAGGAGGUCGGUCUGGAAAGCGACCCAGAGUCACCUCUCAGCCAUAACAGCAGCGUCCCACCCGCUGACCUCUGCGGGAACGGAUCAGGUCCCUGGAAUUCCAAAGCUCAUUUCGGGGCGCUCCUCAAACUGAAAGCCAGCGGUGACGCUGGUGAGCACCUUAAAGACAUUCCCAGGUUGUUGGAAGCUGCCGGGCUCUUCUCGAAGUCUCUGUCCUACGGUAAAGGAAACCACCAGGAUGCCUGCAAAGACCACAGCACCUCAGUUUAUCAUUCCAACUUUGACCUCAAGAUUCCCCAGGUACGAGUUCUGGCCACAGGAACAGACUCUGCUUGGGAUCCUCUGCUAUUUGAAAAUUCAGGUUCAAUUUUAGAGAACGGUCUGGGAAAGAAACUUCAUAACCUCCUACCCCGCCAGAAUCGCAAAAAGACCAACGGUGUUUUCUGGCCCAACGAUUCGGAGCGCCAAAACUGCACCCUGGAGUGCGAGUCUGACCUCGCCAACAAACCGCCCAGGAAGAAACGCGGCCGAUACCGCCAGUACAACACGGAGCUGCUGGAAGAGGCCAUAGUAGUGGUGAUGGGUGGGAAAAUGAGCGUAUCCAAAGCUCAGUCCAUCUACGGGAUUCCCCACAGCACUUUGGAGUACAAGGUGAAAGAGCGCCUGGGGACCCUGAAACAUCCCCCCAAAAAGAAACUGCGGCUAAUUAGCCAGCUCGAGGAGCAGAGCGCUUCCCAUUUUCCAAAGAGUGAAGAACUCGAGCACAUCUCUGAGGAACGAGAGAGCUCGGCCACAGAGAAUGGGAGUGGUUUGCACGAUGGAAGCCUAUCACCAAAUUAAUACUCAAAAUUUUGGAUAUGUACAAAUCUUUUUUUUAACAAGGAAAAUCUUGCAUUUCGUGUAUGUCCUUAAGCCCAAAUAAUUCUUUCUAAAUUGUGAAAUAAGAUGUUUAAAGAAAAACACAAUCUUUACAUUUGACCAUUUAUCAUGGCCAUUUGUUUUUAACAUUAAUGGUCUCUAUGCACUACAAGAUUAUAAUAGUGUGUGUAAUAUUUAUUUUGGUUGAAGUGUGCCCAUUUUAAAGCAACUUAGUUACUUGGAAUGAAACAUGCUCAAGUGGCACCCUCGUGUCUACUGCUGAUACCUGGUCAGAGCACACUAAUAGACUUCACUGUAAUAAGCCUUGUAAAUAGCAGUCAGAGUAUAAUGAACAUUAAUUAGUAUGUGUCCAAUAUAGAACGUUUCACUGUUGAAUUUCAAAGGCAUUGCUGAAAUGGCAAACUACUCUAUAGGGCCAUUUACAUGGUGACUCUCCGAGAAUACAAAAAAUGUCAAAUUUGCAUUUAUAUGGGCCCGUCUCUAUUCGAACAAUGUCGCAAUUCCGCAUGAAAAUGAUGUAGUAUUCAUGCCAAGCCCUAGGGGGCAGUGCAGAUUUACAAGGCGACAGCGAAUGAUGCACUUUGACCCCACCAAGCUCCUCAACCCGGGGAAAAAUAUGCCCACCCACUCGAAGCAAUGGCAUUUUCCUUUUGUUCAAAAAGGCAUGGAAACAUUCAACAUACCGUAUUGGCCCGAAUAUAAGACGGCCCUGAUUAUAAGACGACCCCCUCUUUUUCAAGACUCAAGUUUGAAAAAAGACUUUUUGAACACCAAAUUAAUUUUUAUACAGAAAAUUAUUACAGUACAUCCGAAACAGGAUUUUAACAAUAUAUUUGAGGGAAAAGCAUGUUUAUUUUGCCUCAUUCAAAUCUUAAUAUCUGAACAUUUAAAUAUGUAAACUAAAGUGCAGUCACAUUGGUAAAUGAAUGGCUUCUGGUUUUUGAAAUUUAAAUAAACCAAUCUAUUGUGAUAAAACAACAAAAUCGCAAUAACUGCAUUAACUAUCAGAGUGAAGUCUAACUGUAACUGCAGUUUUGAAAAAAAUCUGAAUAAGGAAAAACAUUGCAAUAAAAUAAUAAUGGUAAAAACUGGUUAAACUUGAGAGUAGCUGAAAUCUGUCAUGAUAGAAUAUGGCUUCAAUGAUAUCUGGUGCCAUCUAGCGUCCUUAAUGGGGAGAGUAGCUCAGAUUUGUCAUGACAAAACAUUGCUUCAAUGAUAUCUGGCGCCAUCUAGCGUCGUGAAUGGGUAUAAUGUCAAGACUCUUUUUCAGUCUUAUUUCAAUGCGAAAAACACUGUCUUAUAUUCGGGCCAAUACGGUAUUUUAAAAUAUUAUUAAAACAGUAAAUUAAAGCCAACAUUCCGCCAUAUUUGCUGUUUUUAAUGUUUAGUAGCACCGCUGCGCACGCCCAGUGUGACGUGUACGAGUGCUAACGUUAUCGGCGCGGUCUCGCGCCGCGGGAGCCUUUAAUAUGCAUUCGGAGUAAGCCCCCCCCCCUCAAUCCACCGCAAUCGAAUUCUUCCACUUUGGAGGCAGGAUUCAGGAUUUUUCGUCUUCGCCGACGCCAUAUGCAAGCGAGGCAAUUCCGCUACUUAGUCAUUGCGUCUUUGUGUCGCACAGUCGCCAUGUAAACUGCCCCUAAGUUUAAACACGAAUGCACUCAAAGUAUGGGUUGGCUCCACACAGUAUAUGUAAAUAUUCAUAGCUAUGGGUACAGAUCCACGUAUCUGUCAAUCCUUAAAAAGAUUUUUUUUUUCUCCUUUAAAAUGUUGAAGCACAACCAUGUGUUUUUAAUAUAGUAUAUAGUUCACUGUGCUAUAUUUAUGAAUGGUAAUAGUUUAUUCUCAAUGCCUUCACAACGCCUCAGGUUCCCUUCAGGCUGGGAUACAAGAAUCGUCUUAAUCAAACCGUGGAUUCACUGUACACUUAAGCAUUCUGUACUCUAUACCUCAGUCACACAUAAGCUUUGUUGAGUUGCCUCCUCUGUUGCCACCUAAAAUUCUAUAUCGAAUAGGCAAUAAUUCAGGAUGUCUGACUGACAGGACAACAACAAUGUGCCCUACUUUUAAAUGUCUUCACUGCUUACCUUAACAGUCGGUAGCAUUUCAGUGCCAGCAGAAGCCUUUAGUGGUUCAAAUGAGUCACUUGGGCUCUGCUUUUCAGAAUGCAGGCUUUUCUAGUCAUCCUCUCAAUGGCAGAAAAAGCCUGAAUAUCUACACUACACAGGUAGCCUACAUAUAAAACACAUUGCGCAACAAGAUGAAUGAAUAAGCCGACAUAAUAAAGCAACAGUAAUUUUAGGCCGCUCGCAUUCAGGUAUAUUUAAGGAUUUCAGCAUUUUGUGCCAGGAUCAUCGUUUUGAUGUAAAGCAACACUUGGUAACUUUUUAGUUUUGGUCGAUUUUAGCAACGCUGAUGGACAAAAGCGGUAGUGUUUUGCCUUAAGGAAGACUACGUUUCCCAUGAGGACGAGUAGACACCCGCAGUGUCAUAAAAUCAUCAAUCAAUAAAAAACCAGACUUCAUUAUGAUAUUGACGGGUCACACUCAUUCUCAAUACACUGCAUCAUGCCUUCAAGUAGGGGGCCGUCCUACACUUCGCUUCAGUCGGUCGCAGUUACGCAACACAUGCAGCAAUCCAACACCAAAUUUAGGUUGUAAAAGUACGAAAGCUGUACCACAUACAAACAGGAAGGAUUGUCUCGGGGUGAUUUGUUUGAGAAUUCAAGGUAAUUAUUAUAUUUUUCUUACAGUGCAUGCUUUAUGAAACGUGAAAAAAAUCAAUGGGAGAAAUUAACCGCUAUGGCAUUGGCGUCAUAAUUGGCAAUAUUCACGUAAAAUAAAUGCUAACUGCCCGUUUUUUGCGUUUAACCAAGAAUUGACUUUUUUUUACGUCCAUAUCUAUAAAGAAUCCAGGGAUUUAAGCAUUUAUUCCCCAAAAAUUCAACGUAAAAAACUCUUUGUUGUGAUAAGGUGACGCCACAGUGGCUUAAAGACUAGCAGUACAUUCACAAUAUUUACGUAAAAUAAAUGCUAACUGCCCGUUUUUUUUUUUUUUUUUUUUUUUUUUUUUUUUUUUUUUUUUGCUUUUAACCAAGAAUGGCCUGUUUUACGUCCAUAUCUAUAAAGAAUUCAGGGAUUUAAGCAUUUAUUCACAAGAGUUUUCAACGUCAAAAGCUCUGUGUUUUUACUCGUUCAGCUUUGACGCACCCAGUGUCCCGUCAGUAUCAUUAUAAAGUCUAUGAAUCAAUCUCCCGGUGGAUGAAUUAAACAAAAUUUCUGUUUCCAGCGGCUGUGUGAAGGAUGAAUCGUAAUAUGGCAAUUAAUCCAGUUGUAGCUAAACAUUAGCAUAUGACGGUUAGCAACCAUGUGGCUUUGUAUGGCUUAGUUAGUUUAGUGUGUGAUGAUCACUAAACACAGACCUUUAAAAGCUAAAGCAACAUGGCAUAUCUAGCCAAGAUAAGAAAGCAAAACUUACCAAGCAGUACCUGACACAUAUGUUUCACAAAAUGAGUCUGGAAUGGGCACAGGCUCAACGGCCGGUGAGUAAGCAUGUGUGUUGGGGGAGGGGGCGCAGCACGUCACAUGAGUGACACGGCCGAACACUGCUAAAUGCGUUCUAACUACACAUACAAUAAGAAAAUACAGGAUCACACGUCGUGAAUUUAUGACGGAAACUAUGACGAAUUUCCAUCUCGUUCUCGUCUCUUCAGACGACAACUGUCAUCCAUCUCGUUAUAUUUUAGUCUCCCAAUACACGUUUUCAGCGCGUCACCGUGACGUCAUCAUGAUGAAAAAAUUGUUGACGAAAUAUUUUUGUUAUUGUCAUCGUUGACGAAAACAACACUGUCUGCCAUCGUUACAGAUUUCACGCGAAAGCUUAUGCAUCGAAUUCCAUCGUUAUAAUGAAAGGGGGAAGUGACGUAUGCCAUAAAGCAGUCAGCACAUUUUUUUUUUUUUUUUUUUUUUUUUUUUUUGUGUGUAUGGCAGGGUUCCUGCCACCCUCCUCAAAGUUAAUUAAGGGUAGGUUCAUACUGCAGGUCUUAAUGCACAAAUCCGAUUUUUUAAUCUUUUUACGACUCGAGUGAGGCAUUAACUUGACUGUCUGAAUGGGACAAGUCGCAUAGAAGUGGACCUUUCAAAUCCGAUCUGGGUCACUUUCGUAUGUGGUUUUAAUCCAAUCUGGGCCACAUUUUUCCAGAAUGUCACACCGGUCUGAACUAGGGUUGUUCCGAUAAUGUUUUUUUGCUCCCGAUCGUUUUAGUUUGAUUAUCUGCCGAUCCCGAUAUUUCCCGAUCCGAUUGCUUUUUUUGCUCCCGAUUCAAUUCCAAUCAUUCCCGAUAAUUUUUCCCGAUCAUAUACAUUUUGGCAAUGCAUUAAGAAAAAAAUGAAUAAAACUCGGAUGAAUAUAUACAUUCAACAUACAGUACAUAAGUACUGUAUUUGUUUAUUAUGACAAUAAAUCCUCAAGAUGGCAUUUACAUUAUUAACAUUUUUUCUGUGAGAGGGAUCCAUGGAUAGAAAGACUUGUGACUUUGUAAAUUGUGACUAAAUAUUGCCAUCUAGUGUAUUUGUUGAGCUUUCAGUAAAUGAUACUGUAGCCAUGCCCAAAUGCAUGAUGGGAAGUGGAACCAUGACUGUGCGUAGUGCUACCAAUUGAUAUAUCUUCUCUGCAUUGGGAAAUAACAUAAGGUGUUCAGAAAAAGAUCAAUUGCUACCUUGCUUCCCCACAUUGCUUCCCAUUAUAUUUCUAAUCGUAGGGAGAGGGAUUGUAAGGCUUUAGCCAAUUAAAAAAAGGCUCCAAAAGCUGCCAGAAUUCACUCUACUCAUUUUACGCUGCCUUUUAUCUCUCUAUAUAGUGCAGUGCAUGCAUUAAUUGCGUUAAAUAUUUUAACGUGAUACAUUUUUUUAAAAAUUAAUUACCGCCGUUAUCAGGAUAAAUUUGAUAACCCUACCUUAAGCCUAAACUAAAGACUCUGGAUGAGUGUAACAUAUUAUGUCUGUAACGUUAAAUACAAUUAGAAAAUGAUUUAAUUAAAAAAAAAAAAAAAAAUUAAAAAAAGGCAUGGCCGAUAUUUUUUUGCCGAUUCCGAUACUUUGAAAAUGACGUGAUCGGACCCGAUCGAUCGGGAUGCCGAUCGUACGGGACAUCUCUAGUCUGAACUGUCAAGUCUCCCAAAUCGGAAUUCAUGCAGCAAUUACGUCAUCAAAAAGUGAGAGAGACGGGGCGCUACGGUAGCGGUUUCAGCUGUGCGUUGGCGCCUAGCUUGCCUUGAACACGGCUUUUGGGGAUGGGUUGGGCUUGACAACAGUCAUGAAAAAAAAUAAAACUUUGAGGAUAAACUGAGAAUGCUCAGUUUUCUCUCUGCUCCAUACGAGCAAUAUUUCAAGAUUGCUUGCGUGUGAUUGUCAUGCACGGACAAUGCGUGCAUGCUAUCGAGCCAUAUAAACUUUAACCUUUGAAUAUAAGACUAAGUGAGGAUUAUUUAUGUCUGGUAUUUGUGUCCUCUUUUUGGAAAUCAAAAUAUGAUCACCUUUGAAUGACGUUGAGCCAGCAUGUGUGGUCAUUUGUCAUGAUGCUCCUGCGCAUGCGGGUCAGUUUCCUCAGCGCAUCUCGGACUGCGAAUUAAGAGAGCAUGCGUGAUACUUGAACGGACUCAAAGGACAAAGGCAGUCUGAAAUGGCACGCCAAAAAACCCCCAAACAGAUAUGACAAAAAAUCGGAUUUGUGCCUUAAGACCUGUGGUAUGAACGUAGCCUUAGUGCCGGCGAAAGCGAUACAGACCCCCUCAAGAUAUAAGAGGUGUCAUUCAACUAGUUGCCGGUCGAAAUAUUAUCACAAAUGUUAUGAAAAUAUUUUAUAAAGCUUUAAAAGUUACUGAGUGUUGCUUUAAUUGUACCAGUUGUAGCCUUUGUUUUGAGGGAUGACCUCUUAAAAAUAACCACACAAACAAUGUUGUUUUAAAUUUUUGACUACUGAAAGUAACUUAUUCUCUGACCUACUGAACACCUCAGUGUGCAUGGUCAUAUACUGUACAUUUACCUCAGGGUGUUGAAGACCUACUGUUUUCUUAUCAGGUUGAUUACAUGUACAAUUUACAUUACACGUGAAUAGCACAUUUUUUUAGAUGGACACUAUAUUGAGUGGGGGAAUCAACACUUCAGUCAUAUUUUUGGGGGGUGGUUUUUAUUUUGUCAGAGAAUGUACGUAAUUAAUUUUGUUGUGAUCAGUGGGCCAUAUUCAGCACACAUUCGCAACCAGCCAUAAACCUUCACAGCUCCAUAUCAAAGUAAAACUUUGGAAAAAGAAACACAUUACUGUUGCAAUGACAAUCAGCAAACCUUCGUCAGUCAUAGAUUGUUGCUUCAUUGUUUCCGUUAGUGGUCGGCUGCCUCGGUUCAUGUUGCAGAUGAAUUUCUUCUGACUAAACUUUACUGUGACAUGGUUUAUCUAAAGAAGUAAGGAGCUUUUAACUGAUACAAGCCAGUUUUAAAGCACUUUAAUGGGUGCAAAGUUGUGUAAAUAAGAACACAAUUGUGUUUGGUCGCAUGAUAACUCUUCAUGUGGACAAAUGUUGACAGGUCAGAUCCAAGAAUUUGAGGUCUGUCUUUGGGACAAAUGAUGAAAAGAAAAUCAUCCUACUUGUAAAUGCAGUUCACAAGCAGUUUUUUUUAAAUUUUUUUUUUUUUUAAAUAUAUAUUAAUUAUUGCUUUAAUAAUCAAUGAAUGUAGAUUGCUCUUAAAUGUAAGUAUUAAUAGACAUCUACAUAAUGAUUAAAUAACUUUACCAUUUAUUUUCUGAGAUUAAGUGUAGGUAUUGCUACAUGGUUUCACAUUUUGCCAUGAGUGGAGAUGCUUUGCAUCACCAUUUCUAUCUAAUGUGCAAGGUUAAAAUCAGCAACAGUACACAUUACCAUUGUAUAGUUAUGAUGUAAACAAAUUGUAAACAGUGUAUGUAUUUUUGCAUGACUGAGCUACUGUAUAUGUGAGAAGUAAGAUGUAUACUAAGGUCUGAUCUCUGAAAUACUACUGUGGUAGAUGUUAUUUAUUGUCAAGUGAACAGUGAGCCUGAAAUUUUCCAAUUCUGUGCAAUGGGUCAAUUCAAAAUGUAAUAACUUGGAAGUCUCUGAAUGGAAGUCUCUAACAUUCAGAAUACUCACAGUUAAGAAAACACCCUGCUAUUUUGCAAGAUCUCUCACUUAGAAAUCAUGGAGGGGUCUGAAAUUUUCAUCGUAAAUGCAUGUCCACUGUGAGAGAGAUCAUCUAAAAAGAAUAAUCAAGAAAUCACAACGUAUGGUGGUACCACCCCCAUGCUUCACAGUAGGGAUGGUGUUCUUGGGAUAGUACUCAUUAUUCUUCUUCCACCAAACACGGUGAGUGAAAUUAUGACCUAAAAGUUCCAUUUUUUUUCUUAUCUGACGACAAAACUUGCUCCCAUGACUCCUCUGCAUAAUCGAAAUGGUCAUAGGCAAACUUAAGACGGGCAUUGACAUGUGCUGGUUUAAGCAGGGGAACUUGCCAUCCCAUGCAUGAUUUCAAACCAUGACGUCUUAGUGUAUUACCAACAGUAACCUUGGAAACGGUAGUCCCAGCUCUUUUCAGGUAAUUGACCAACUCCUGUCAUUUAGUUCUGGGCUGAUUCCUCACCUUUCUUAGGAUCAUUGAGACCCCACGAGGCUAUAUCUUAUAUGGGGCUCCACUCUGAUUGAGAUUGACCGUCAUGUUUAGCUUCUUCCAUUUUGAUCCAACAGUGGACCUUUUUUCACCAAGCUGAUUGGCAAUUGCUCCGUACCCCUUUCCAGCCUUGUCGAGGUGUAGAAUUUUGUCUCUGUUGUCUUUGGACAACUCUUUGGUCUUGGCCAUGUUAAAAGUUGGAGUCUUACUGAUUGUAUGGGGUGGACAGGUGUCUUUAUGCAGCUAUCGCCCUCAAACAGGUGCACCUGAUUCAGGAUAAUACAUGGAGUGGAGGUGGACAUUUAAUAGGGGGACUAAGAUCAGGGUCAGAAUUCUAGCUGAUGGACAGGUUUUCAAAUACUUAUUUGCAGCUGUAUCACACAUAUAGAUUGUUAAAAAUCAUGCAUUUUGAUUUCUGGAUUUGUCUUUUUAGAUCAGACAUGUCCAAAGUCCGGCCCGGGGGCCAAAUGCGGCCCGUGGUCAAAUUUCAUCCGGCCCCCAACCUCUGUCAUAAAAUCAAUAACGUCUGGCCCGCACACACUUAAUAAAUUGGUCAGCAGUACAGCUACCAGCAUAUGAAGUAGCUUACACACUAAAUGCUGCUCCUCAUUGACCCACUAAAAGGCAGCAGCACUCUAAGCAACAUUACCCCGUGUGAUCCUUUACCUCCAAUUUUUAAAAAUAGCGACAGGCAACAAAAAAAGCUGAUUGCGACGGCCGACGCUUCAAGGAUAGGUGGAAAUUGGACUAUUUCUUCACUAAAAUACACAACAACUGUGUCUGCCUCAUUUGCAAAGAGACAGUCGCUGUUUUUAAAGAGUUCAAAAUGUGAGGCGAUAUUACCAAACGAGACACGCUGACAUGUACGACCAGAUUACAGGGAAGAUACGCAGCGAGAAAUUGAAGCAACUUGAAGCUAGUUCAGUUUCACAGCAGCAGUAUUUUGCAAGAGCCCGAGAGUCGAAAGAGAACCCCACAAAGGCUAGUUGCGAGAUUGUUGAAAUUAUGAAUUACAAAAAAAAAAAAGAAAAGGCUGCUAAAAUUUGCUUAAAUAUAUUGUUCUACAUAAAGGACAUCAGCCAAGGUCGGCCCCCCAUAUUUUUACCACACAAAAUCUGGCCCCCUUUGCAAAAAGUUGGACACCCCUGUUUUAGAUUAUCUCUCACAGUGGACAUCAGGGCCGUUCCUCACCAAUUUAGUACUCUAGGUAACGUAUUUGUUGCCCCCACGCCCCCUAUUUUUAACACAUAUAUUCAAACACUCACACUGAAAAAGGACAUUAUCUCAUUGUAAUUUAUUAUAUAAAAGAAGA